CGUCACCCCCAGGGAAGGAGCAUCUGAUUCCCUCGCCUCUUCACGGGUGUAUCUAACCGUCAUUUACCACUGGCGAUUCCGCAGGAAACUGUUGCUCUAAUAAAAAGGGAGAGAGGCAAAGGGAAAGGGCAGGGGUGUGCGGAACAGACGGUCUCCCUACCCUACAUAAGCAAAUUGACUAUAAAUCCAAUCCCCUGGUGCGCGGGCGGGAGAGAGAGAGAGAGUCAACCAGUUAGAGAGGCAGAGAAGAGAGAGGCCAUAUCCGGGAAAGAAGCAAAUAGGAAAGAAACGCCAAUUAGACCGGCAAUAGCGGCCCGUAACCGUAGAGCGAUAUAGGCAAGGCAUAACACGUCGGUUUUACAACUCGCAAAUUCGCGGGUUCCUCUCCUGGCUUUUACAUAUGCAGGUUGCUGAAAUGGAUUUCCUUUAACGUAAUUUACGGCUAAAUCAAUCGGACUGGGUUUUAGCCACAUCUGUGUGCCUCUCGGCGGAUUAAAAGCUGUUUCCAGAGCCGGCCGAGGAAUAGGGAAAUUCCGCUCCCUGGACACCAACUAAUCAUAGAGGCUGUGAUUUGGCUGGCACGUGACAAAGGGGGGAGAGGAUGCACCUGUGGGCCAGUGUAAGAGACUCCCCCCAGGGAAGCUGUCGUUGGACGCAGGGCCCCACGGGCCGUUGACCCACUGUCUCUGUGAUUUAUGGCUGCUGGGGAUCUGGCCUCUUCUUUCUCAUUCACACAAACACACAUACACACCACUGCACUAUAGUAAAAGGAGCCACACACACACUGCACCACAGUAAAGAGCUGAACACAUACACUGAACCACAGUGCCCAGUCCUAAUCUGCAGUGUGAUUCCUGGCACACACUGAGCUUUAACCUCCACACACAUAAACACACACUUGCGUUACAUUGCUGUUCCCCACAAGGCCACCGACACACAAGAACUAACCUGUGUGACCCAUACCCUUCACACAGCCCUCACCACAAGCCUCCUGUGUGAGCCUCCUCUUCCCUGGCUUAAUGUGGAUUAGCACCCCAUCUCAGUCAUGGCACAUCAGCCCUCAUACUGGUUGCUGCUUAGUGGAUGAGCAGAAUCAAUGGAACUGCGCUGAGUAAUGAGGGAAUGUUCCUGCAUUCGCAUGGCCUGAAACGGAUCACCUGUCAGCACAGACCAUUUCAAAGAACUAAAUGACUCAUGCUCUUCUGCAAACACUUUGAGUUGCGGUACCAAACAUUUUUACCUGACACAAGUGUGUCCCUUUCCUAAACUGCUCUUUUCAACUUCCCAACGCUGUGGACUGAGAGAUAGAGACAGCUGGGGCCCUCGCCAUGGUGUUGCCGCCCCCGGACAAACGUCACGUGUGUCUCACCACCAUUGUCAUCAUGACCAGCAUGGCCUUUAUGGACGCCUACCUGGUGGAGCAGAACCAGGGCCCCAGGAAGAUCGGCGUGUGUAUCAUUGUGCUGGUAGGAGAUGUGUGUUUCCUCAUUGUGCUGCGCUAUGUGGCUGUGUGGGUGGGCGCUGAGGUGCGAACCGCCCGCCGAGGCUAUGCCAUGAUCCUCUGGUUCCUCUACAUAUUUGUCUUGGAGAUCAAGCUCUACUUCGUCUUCCAGAACUGCAAAGCGGACAGGAAAAGUCUCGAGACAGUAGCCCGGAAGGCUCUCACCUUGCUGCUGUCUGUAUGCGUGCCAGGUCUCUACCUAGUCCUGGUUGCUCUGGACAGCAUGGAGUAUGUGAGAACGUUCCGGAAGAAGGAGGACAUGCGGGGCAGGUUGUUCUGGGUAGCUCUGGACUUACUGGACCUGCUUGACAUCCAGGCCAACCUGUGGGAGCCCCAGCGGACGGGCCUGCCCAUCUGGGCAGAGGGCCUUAUGUUCUUCUACUGCUACAUCCUGCUGCUCAUCUUGCCCUGUGUGUCCCUCAGUGAGAUUAGCAUGCAGGGCGAGCAUGUGUCGCCACAGAAGAUGAUGCUAUACCCUGUCCUCAGUUUAGUCACCAUAAAUGUGGUCACCAUCCUCAUUCGCGGUGUCAACAUGGUGCUUUUCCAGGACAGCCGUGUUUCCACCAUCUUUGUUGGUAAGAACGUGGUGGCUAUUGCCACCAAGGUCUCGACGUUCCUGGAGUACCGUAAGCAGGUAAAGGAGUUUCCUCAUCCUCAGAAUGCCAUGGCACUGGAGCUGCAGCAAAACUCGAUAAGCCACACGCAACCGCUGCCCAACGCCACAAGCUUGCCCCACGAACCCUCGCCUGCCCAGGACAUCAUCGACACAUAACCGCCCGCACUGGAUUCACCAGGUACACACCACGGCAGUGGCUGAGUUACUGAGCCCUCAGAUUCAAUUUCGAAUGUUUGUAACAGGAUGGUUUUCUGCUCCUGUCAGGAGAACGUAAACUGUGGAAAUACCAGUGGAAUAUUUCCAGCCUAGCCUGUUUCUGGAUGGUUACACUCCCCUUUAUUCUGAGUAAAACGAUAGGAUGUUUUUAUUGUACUGCAUUUUUUUUAAGUAACAGAAAUUAUCUUUACAUUCGGUGACCUUUAUUGUGUAAAUUGGACAAUACGUUCCUUCAAAUAUUUUGGAAACAACUUUUCUUUUGAAAUCAACUGAGAGUACCUCUCACCUUGAACAGAAAAUGUAUUUGAAGUGGUAGACCAGGAGGGGAUUGUCAUGAAAAUCAAUCAUUAGGGUUUAUUUGUGUUAAAGUGUGUAAAAGGUGGCGAAAAAUAUUAGAAUUCAGCCUCUGCUUGGUUCGGCUGAGAAUGGAUCUGGAGCUUGCGACCUCUAUCAGUGUAACACUUUACAACCAACAGGACGCAUCAGAGCUCUACAAUCUACUCUAGAAGUCUGAGCGUGUGUGCGUGUUUGUGUGUGUAUUUCAAAUUGUAUUUGUACUUGUGUUGACAAAUGCAAUUAGUAAAAGAGUGCAAGAGAGGUUAAUUUGUGUUGAUGUCAGUACAGAUGGGAAUUUUAAUUUUAAUUUUCUGUUACUGUACAUUCCUCCACAACUAAGCCUUGAAUUCAGAGAAUGCAGAAAAGUGCAGACAUUGCCUCAAUGAUGAACAAUAAAAGGAUACAUGUACAAUCCAAUUGAGGGAGAACAAUUUCUAAUUAAAGCUUUGUUCAUAUUAUUAUUAUUAUUGGUGUUAUUAUUAUGUACAUUAUUAUCUUACUUGUAUGUUUGAGGCCAGUGAUGUUUUAAUAAAUGUAUU